UCGCAAAGUAGGGGAAGACAGUAAAGUGAAAAGAAGUGUAGUGAAUCUGCAAAUUGGGUUUUCAUUCUCUCAUCAUCAGUUGUAUCGUCUUGGAAUAUGUGAAUUGCCCUCCUCUAGGGUUCGAUUCGCAAAUUCGAAUAUAGUUUGUACUUUGUGAAGCUACAGGGAAAAAGAUGGGCGAAUCAUCUCAGAUUCUAAGCUUUUCUUGGUCUUUGUAUACUCUUUCAAUCGUCUUCCUUACUCUUCUUCACAGCUUUCCUUUUCAAGCUCAAGCUGCUCCUCCUGCUGGUUCGUUGAUUAAGCACGUGUCCUCGGUUCUCAAGUGGACUACUGGUUCAUCCUCUAAAUUAUCCUCCCAAUCAGAUACUCCUAAUGUAGUUCAGUUUGAGAAUGGUUACUUGGUCGAAACCGUUGUGGAAGGAAACGAAAUCGGUGCCCUUCCUUACAAGAUCCGUGUCUCUGAUGAUGGAGAGCUUUAUGCUGUUGAUGAAGUUAAUAGCAACAUCAUCAAAAUCACCCCUCCCUUGUCUCACUAUAGCAGGGGAAGAUUGGUGGCUGGUUCGUUUCAAGGUAAAACAGGGCAUGCUGAUGGAAAGCCAAACGAAGCACGUUUUAACCAUCCUAGAGGUGUAACUAUGGAUGAUAAAGGCAAUGUUUAUGUCGCUGAUACUUUGAAUCUCGCCAUCCGUAAGAUUGGUGAUUCAGGUGUUACUACAAUAGCUGGAGGGAAAUCGAAUGUAGCUGGGUUUAGAGAUGGGCCAAGCGAGGAUGCAAAGUUCUCCAACGACUUCGAUGUUGUUUAUGUUCGUCCUACUUGCUCCUUGCUCGUCAUCGACAGAGGUAACGCUGCUCUUCGCCAGAUCUCUCUUGCUGAAGAGGACUGCGAGUAUCACUCUAGCUCUAUCUCUUCUACUGACAUCCUCUUGGUUAUUGGUGCCGUUGUCAUUGGUUACGCUACUUGUUUGCUCCAACAAGGUUUUGGACAUUCUUUUUCCUCUAAAACGUCAGAAACCAGAUUUGAGGAGGAGCAAACAGGCAAAGAGAAACUCUCUCGACCUGUCCUUGAGACAACAACAACAACCAAGGAAGAACCUGGUUGGCCCUCAUUUGGGCAACUCCUUACCGAUCUCUGCAAACUCUCCCUCGAGUUUUUGACCAGCAACCUAGUCCCAGCCCGAUUCAAAACCAGCUCCAAUCUAAGGCCACUUGAUAGACUCAAAAUGCCUGAAGACGAGCAAGAACCACCUUUAGUCCAAAGGCAUACAGCUCCAGCACCAAUCUCUGAAUCCCGACACGCCCACUUGCCUAAACCGAGUGAUAGUUACCCGGAACAUAAGACAUCGAAGACGAGAUCAAGUAGUGCAACAAAGGAUCCGACUUUGUCAUCGUCCAAGCACCAUCGAUCAUCAUCAAAACGGCAGGAGUAUGCCCAGUUUUACGCCUCGGGAGAGGUUGUGCAACCACCAAAGGUCCAUAAAGAACGUUCAAGGCGUCGCCAUAGAGAUAAAACAACAGAGGCGGAACCAAAGACAACAGCUUCAGAUACGGUGAAGCCAGUAGAGUACAGUAAUAGUUCGAAGUUUGAUCAUUUCAACAUGAGGAACAGCAAGUAUGGACCUGAAACUCCAUUUCGCUUCUAGCAAAAUCAAAGCACAUCCUCAUGAGAAACCCUUUGAACCUUUGCCUUGGUGGGGGGAGAUUCCUUAUGUUUUGGUAGUUUCAGAGAAAAAAAAAAGCUAAAGAAUUUUUCUGUUGUAAACUUGUAAUGAAUGAUUGUUGGGUUGUUUCUUGUUGUUAUAUGAGCUUAGCUGCUGUAAUAUUCUGGAUUAUUGAUUUUACAUAAAUUCACAUCAUCCUAUUUACUUGGGC